UUAUGUAAUAUAAUAAAAGUAAUACAGUUUUCCCUCAACCAAAUUUUUACACACAAAAAAGUUCCCCCUAAUGUUAUUAUGAUAUAAUUCGUGUUAUUACUGCUAAUAUUGGUGUUUUCUUCUUCAAUCACUGCUGGCUUUCAUGGAAUAGACAUGGAAUUUUUCACAACCAGGAAGUACAAUCAGCAAGAAGUCAGAAGAAAGAAAGAAAAGAAAAUUGCCUGCUUGUCAUCGGCUGUGCUUUGCUAGCAACUACUCACAUACUAAAUACAAAUACUGAUAUCCAGUACUCACAGCUGCGGACAUCCGGCAUGCUCUGGGUGUCAUCGUCACGCCCACCUGAUGUAAAAAAUACUUUAUUAGCAUGUAGCCGUGAGCAUGUGACAUCAACAUUUGCAUAUAUUAUACAACUUAAUAUAAAGUACAUUAUAUGUAUUUAGAAGGUGGUAAACAGCUUUAUUAUUACUAAUAUGUCUUAUUUUUACUGAUGAUGUCUACUAUAUUGGCUAAUAGGAGUGUAAAGGUGACUAUAGGGGUGUUAUGUCAUGUCUAGAGGGCUCUUCUUUCUGACGAUGUUAAAAAAGUGUAUUCAGAAGGUGGUAACCAGGUUUAUUAUACCUAAUAUGUCUUAUUUUCUCUUAUGAUGUCUACUAUAUUGGCUAAUAGGAGUGUAAAGGUGACUAUAGGGGUGUUGUCAUGUCUAGAGGGCUCUUCUUUCUGACGAUGUUAUAAAGUGUAUUUAGAAGGUGGUAAACACGUUUAUUAUACCUAAUUUGUCUUAUUUUCUCUUAUGAUGUCUACUAUAUUGGCUAAUAGGAGUAUAAAGGUGACUAUAGGGGUGUUAUGUCAUGUCUAGAGGCCUCUUCUUUCUGACGAUGUUAUAAAGUGUAUUUAGAAGGUGGUAAACACGUUUAUAAUACCUAAUUUGUCUUAUUUUCUCUUAUGAUGUCUACUAUAUUGGCUAAUAGGAGUAUAAAGGUGACUAUAGGGGUGUUAUGUCAUGUCUAGAGGGCUCUAAUGAUGUUGAAAAGUGUAUUUAGAAGGUGGUAAACGGGUUUAUUAUGCCUAAUAUGUCUUAUUUUCUCUUAUGAUGUCUACUAUAUUGGGUCAUUGGAGUGUAAAGGUGACUAUAGGGGUGCUAUGUCAUGUCCAGGGGGCUCUAAUGAUGUUUAAAAGGUGGUAAGUACAAUGCUGUAAGUACCAACGUAAGCAGUAGUAUAUGUUUACAUAUCUGAGAUGUGAAGACAGCCACCUUCUCCGUUCAGCCUCUUGUAGAGUGACCUCAUGACCUUGGCGCUGCCGAAGCGUUUAAAUCGAUUCCGGACGUUGUCAUGGUACCACCCCAGGGUGCCGAUCUUCAGAACCCUUCGGGAAAACGAGCAUGUGAGGACGCCGGAGGCCGCGCAAUAAAAGGGGGGGCGUGGCUGACCUGGUCAUGCGGCAGUUGUCGCACACCCAGCCGUGCUCCUUCUUGUUGUAGCGGCUGCAGGACUUGCAGGUGAACAAGCGGCAGUCCAGGCACCGACGCUUGCUGUUGACCAGGAACUUGAAGGGCUGCAGGCAGCGGAUGCACAGAGAGUCGGCCAAGUUGUUCUGCGAACCCAGCAGCUCCCGUUUGUUGUCCUCCUUGUCGAUGGAGUCCUUCAGCUUGCUGUGGAACGUUAGAAUCAUCAUGUCGUUAUCAUAUAUCAUAUCAUAUCAUAUGAUAGCAGUUGUAUAAGACUAAAGAAAACACAAAGAACGCAGAUAAGAGAAAGGUAGCAAGUUGUCCACCUUGGUGAUCCGCCAUGCCGUGUGUGUGUGUGUGUGUGUGUGCGGAGACAAGCGUGUCUUUGUAGCAUCUCCGUGUGACUCCAGUCAUGGUAGAGCGCAGCUUUCACGCUCGCAUUCCGUGACAGCCGGUCACAUGACCUGCAAGGCCAUGAACAGUAGGGGCCAUCUGACGGGGAGGGUAGGGGGGACCCACCCUAGUCGCUCUUCUUCUUUCUUGCGCAGGUUGAAGUCCCGUUGAAUCACCUCCCAGACGUGCUUAGCUUCCUCGUCGGUCAGACGUGAUAAAUCCAGUUUGCGUUCCAUGAUGGAAAAAAAAGACCUCAGUUGGGAAGCAAAAAUGGCCUUUGGUUAGUCUUAGUUCCAAAAAGACACAUCUUAUUCAAAACACAAGUUAUCAACAUUUGGUCCCAGGAAGGACUUGACUUGACAUGAUGACCUGGUCCAAAGAUGUAACGUUCUACUUUCCCGAACCUCCUCAAAUACCCGGACUUAUAGAGAUAGAACAGAAUGGAGACGCAAAGAACUCACCUCCGUGCAGCUGCAGCUCCAGCCUUAGAGUGAGAAGAUCAGCUGAGCGCUGGUUCACAUGCUCCUGACAUCAUCAUCACAGCUCACAAUCAACACUUUGUUUGGCCCGAUCACCACAGCACCCCCCCAGGACAAGACGACACACAUGUUCUCCCCAUAAGAGGAGGACGGCAUGUUGGAUUUUUGUGUCUCACUAAUGCUCCUAUUAGCGCAUCCUAGCUAUAGGUGAGGGCAGCCCCCCCCCCCUUCUCAGGUACGGUAGACAGAAUCCAGUAGCCAUGUUUUACCUUGGUAUGAUUUAUUGAUGUGCAGUAGUAUUGUGAGUCAACAUAUAAGUCAACAAGUCAUAGCAUUGAUCAGCUCAUUGAUCAGCUUUUCCUCGGUUAUUCAAGCAGCUCCACAUUCCGAUCCAUUUUCAAAAUCGCUGACAUCAGCGAGUCAGCCACCACGUGACCGCCACCGACGCCAUCGCACCGAUGGCAGAAGUGGCUGCUGCGGCGGAGGGGGCGGAGUUACACAAGUCCGAGUUGCAGCACUUGAAAGUAAAAGAGGACACCUGGAAAAGAAAAGAAAAAGCCAUGGUUCCCUUAGCGCAUCCUCGCCUGACCUUCAGAGCUUUUGAUGCUGCUUCCUACCUGCGGGAACAUCUGUCCCAGUCGGCUGUACUCGCAGUCGGAAUACUUGAGGCACUGGCGGAAUGUCAUCCCUCCUGCAACGCACACAGGACGUUAACUCAGUUAGCGACAUUCAUAGGGGCGUGGUCGUGGAGGACAGAUGUUCUUCAAAAUAGGCUUCAAAGUCAGCAGCGUAAAGCAGUGCUACAAAGCGUGCUAGCAUCAGCCUUGUUUACACUUGCAUGUAUUUUGUUCCCGCAGUGGUACGCAAUGGUCAUCAACAAGGGUGACUUUUCCACCACAGUGUACCUACAUGUUAGCUUACUGUGUACUAGCUGUACGUACAUGUUAGCUUUACAGUGUGCUAGCUGUACCUACAUGUUAGCUUACUGUGUACUAGCUGUACCUACAUGUUAGCUUACUGUGUACUAGCUGUACCUACAUGUUAGCUUUACAGUGCAGUAGCUGUCCGUACAUAAUUAGCUUAUGGUGUAGUAGCUGUACGUACAUGUUAGCUUACUGUGUAGCAGCUGUACGUACAUGUUAGCUUACUGUGUAGCAGCUGUACGUACAUGUUAGCUUUACAGUGUAGUAGCUGUACGUACAUGUUAGUGUACUAGCUGUAUGUACAUGUUAGCUUACUAUGUAGUAGCUGUAUGUACAUGUUAGUGUACUAGCUGUAUGUACAUGUUAGCUUACUGUGUAGUAGCUGUACGUACAUGUUAGUGUACUCGUAUGUACAUGUUAGCUUACUGUGUAGCAGCUGUACAUACAUGUUAGCUUUACAGUGUAGUAGCUGUACAUACAUAUUAGUGUACUUGCUGUAUGUACAUGUUAGCUUACUGUGUAGCAGCUGUACGUACAUGUUAGCUUUACAGUGUAGCAGCUGUACAUGUUAGCUUUACAGUGUAGUAGCUGUACGUACAUGUUAGUGUACUAGCUGUAUGUACAUGUUAGCUUACUGUGUAGCAGCUGUACGUACAUGUUAGUGUACUAGCUGUAUAUACAUUGUUAGCUUACUGUGUAGCAGCUGUACAUACAUGUUAGCUUUACCGUGUAGUAGCUGUUAGGAUACAGUAGUUUACCAUAUUAGUCCCACAGAUAAAAAUGAGACAAAAUGAGCCGAUAAAAGCAAUGAUAGUAACAAUGAUGACAACCUCUCUCUGUGAGCGUCAGACAGGCGUCGUCAUAGCUACAGUCUCGUUGCUUGGAGCAGCUGGAUGUGUAGUCUUUACAACUGUAACAACGGAUGGCUGAUCCUGGAAGCACAUCUUCAGAUGCCACCUCGCUUCAAACUGACCAACGAUGGACGUGACCCAGCAAGGACACUCUUAGACCACGCCCACUGGGUGGGGCCUGAUGGAACCACAAGGAGGCAAGGAGCGCCAAAUGAUGCGCCGCCAGUGGACAACCAAUGACAGCACUUCAAGGACUCUAAAACAGGUGAAUGCAAGCUAGAGGCAGCAUAAGGGGCUCCUACAGGCAAGCUACGAGGAGCAUAUGUGGACCAUGGAGCUGUUGGUACGCCGCCGCGGCGCCCGUGUCACAGGGAGGACGAGCCUGGCGUCAGGACGAGCGUGGCACCGCGCCGCGCCGCUAGCGAUAGGAUGAUGACGAGCAGGAGAAGAAAGGUGCGGGUGUGUGUUGUUGCGGCGCGACAAAGGAAGCACAGAAGACGUGGACAAAUGUCCAGUGUGAGCAUUGUGCAGCAAUUAGCUAACCGUGGUGUGCCUCAAUAGGCUGCAUUGUGUCAAUGCAUUCACACUAGCGCCAUUGGAGCAUCAUAACAACAUGUCAUCUCCUCCUUAUGGUCCAAAUCAUACGCUGGCUCAUUUUCUUACACCAUUUGUGUCCAGUGUGCCCUAUAGGGGUGUUAUGUCAUGUCUAGAGGGCUCUAAUGAUGUUAAAGUGUAUUUAAAAGGUGGUAAACAGGUUUAUUAUGCCUAAUGUGUUUUAUUUUCUCUUAUGAUGCUACUAUAUUGGGUCAUAUGAGUGUAAAGCUGACUAUAGGGGUGUUACGUCAUGUCUAGAGGGCUCUAUUGAUGUUAAAAAGUGGAUUUAGAAGGUGGUAAACAGGUUUAUUAUGCCUAAUAUGUCUUAUUUUCUCUCAUGUUGACAACUAUAUUGGGUCAUAGGAGUGUGAUGGUGAUUAUAGGGGUGUUAUGUCAUGUCUAGAGGGCUCUAAUGAUGUUUAAAAAAGUGUAUUUAGAAGGUGGUAGACAGGUUUAUUAUGCCUAAUAUGUCUCACUUUCUCUUAUGAUGUCUACUAUAUUGGGCGAUAGGAGUGUAAAGGUGACUAUAGGGGUGUUAUGUCAUGUCUAGAGGGCUCUAAUGAUGUUAAAAAGUGUAUUUAGAAGGUGGUAAACAGCUUUAUUAUGCCAAAUAUGUUUUAUUUUCUCUUAUGAUGUCUACUAUAUUGGCUAAUAGGAGUGUAAAGGUGACUAUAGGGGUGUUAUGUCAUGUCUAGAGGGCUCUAAUGAUGUUAAAAGGUGUAUUUAGAAGGUGGUAAACAGCUUUAUUAUGCCUAAUAUGUCUUAUUUCCUCUUAUGAUGGCUACUAUAUUGGCUAAUAGGAGUGUAAAGGUGACUAUAGGGGUGUUAUGUCAUGUCUAGAGGGCUCUAAUGAUGUUAAAAUGUGUAUUUAGAAGGUGGUAAACCGGUUUAUUAUGCCUAAUAUGUUUUAUUUUCUGAAUGAUUUGUUUGGACACAUUCGUCCCACCCAUCCAAUGCGGCUAACUGUCUUCCAUGUCUACGUGUGUGACGUCAUCGCCUUCCCACAUGCCGAUUGGUGGACAGGUGGCAGGCGAGCGGCGGCUCAGAUGACCCAUGAAGAAUUCAGCAGCUUGGUUUCCACGCUGAGACGGCUGCAGAUCAACACAACGUACAGAUCAGCAUGGAGGACAACACCCUCAGUGUGGAGUCUUUGGGUGAGGUGGGAAUGCGGGCGUACCGAGUGGCGGUGAAGCUUGAACGUCUGCAGCACGCCUGCCACAUGGACAGGGUGCUGCUUCACCACAUCAGCGCCGCGCUUGACCCGGGCGGCGGCGGAGUCGAACGCACGUGCUUGCUGAGCGAACCGGAAGUGACUCGGAAACUGAACAGGAUGUUCUGCCACUCGAGGGCGGAGCCGUGGAGUCGCGUGACCUCGGAGGCGUCAAAGAAGAUAUGCGGUCUGAUGUUCUGGAUGUUCGACAGGAACGGCUCGGGUCACAUUGCGUCUCUUUCUCUUCAUAUUGCUCUUAUCUGCCUAGCAGCUGACACACCGCCACGGAAAUACCAAGCCCUGGCAUGUGCAGCUGCUGGUGCUUGUGGAUCCAUCAGCAGGUCUUCGCUCAGAUCCUUGUUGGUUGACAUGAGUCAGGUUCCCAGGCUGGUGGAGCAGGAAGUGGUGUAUGGUGAGGCGGAGGAGGCGGAGGAGGCGCAGGAGACGGAGGAGGCGGUGAGGUUGUGUUUUGCGGGGGUGCGUGGCCACGCCCUGAGCGUUGACCAAGUGCAGGCGUGGCUGCAGAAGCAACCUCCUCUGUUGCUAUGGUUACCGCUCUUGUCUCAUCUGGCCGGUACUGGGACGCUAGUUCAUGAGGUGCGCUGUGGCAUUUGCAGGAUACGUCCCAUCAGAGGACUCAGGUAUCGCUGCACGAGGUGUGUGAGCUUCCAGGUGUGCCAGGUGUGCUUCCUCUCAGAGCGACACAAGCGUCACCACCCGCUCAUGGAGAUGACCACACAGCCCACCUGGCGAGAGUCCGUGUCCUCGUUGGUGCGAUGCGCCGCCCGCUUCCUGUCACCACGGCGGCGUGGCGGAAGAGGAGCUGCCAGGGGGAGGGGCCUGAAGGACAGUCCCAGCAGCCACGGCGCCUCCUCCUAUGAAUCAUACACAGGCACCGCCUCCCACUGUUCCUCAUCCUCAUCCCCGCACACUCAUCACAUGCUGAUGGAACAGACACUGAAGACAGGGGAGAUACAGCAGGACAGCGAGGAGGUCCCCGGACGGGACAGCGAGGAGGUCCCCGGACGGGACAGCGAGGAGGAACCAGGACUGGACAGCGAGGAGGUCCCCGGACGGGACAGCGAGGAGGAACCAGGAAGGGACAGCGAGGAGGAACCAGGCAGGGACAGCGAGGAGGAACCAGGCAGGGACAGCGAGGAGGAACCAGGAAGGGACAGCGAGGAGGAACCAGGAAGGGACAGCGAGGAGGAACCAGGAAGGGACAGCGAGGAGGAACCAGGACUGGACAGCGAGGAGGAACCAGGACUGGACAGCGAGGAGGAACCAGGAUGGGACAGCGAGGAGGAACCCCCAAGACGGGACAGCAAAGAGGAACCCCCAAGACGGGACAGCAAAGAGGAACCCCCAAGACGGGACAGCAAGGAGGCCCCAAGACGGGACAACAAGGAGGCCCCACGGCGGGACAGCAGAGGAAGCGGUACACCAUGUUGUGAAGACGAGGAUUUGGUGGAAGAGGAGGUGAGUGAAAAAGAGGACACCCUGUCCACCAGGUCACAUGACCUCCACUAUGAGGAGGCAGAUUGGGCGCAAGAGGAGGACGGGGGCGUGGCCGAGUCCAGUCCGGAGGAGCUGCUGCAGGAGACGGUGGACAGGCUGACACGGGUUUUGGGGAAGGAUGUAAAUGAGGUCUACCUUGCAUCACAACAUGUUUUCCAUUUGAUUGGAUCAAGCCAGGGUGAGGGGGCGGAGCUUAAUGAGGCCGCAAUGCAGGUCGCAGACUCCUUAUGCUGCCUGGUGGACACUAUGAGACAAGCCCCGCCCCUGACUGGGAUAUCUACAUGGCAAAUAUGAAUAUAUAUUCCAUAUUCUGUUCCCAUUAGAAAUGAAUGGCCCAUUUAAAUGGCGCCAUCUGCUGGUGAAAUGUCACCAUUUAACAUGAAAACUUCCAAAAAUAUAUAUAUUAAAAAUAUAUAAAUAUAUAUAUAUAUUAAUAAAUUUAUAUAUUACAUAUUUAUAAAUAUUAAGCAGUCAGUUAACCAAAAUAAAGUCUAAAUAUUCAGAGACAUAACAUUGUAAUAUGAGAGCCAUUUAUAGACUUGAAAUAUUCCAAAAAAUAAGAUAUUCAUAAUAUAAGACAACAAAAUGAUUUAAAUACAAAUAAAUAUAUAGAAUCAAAUAGCUAUAAAAAGCAGCAGAAAUUGAAUAAUUUUCUGAGAAAAAGUCCCAUUAUGGAAAGAAAAUUGGAUUAUAAUGGGGGGAUUCGUUAGUUGGGAGCCGGCCGUUGUCCCACAGGGAAGCGGCGCUGGAGAGUGAGGAUGAACUGGCAUCCAAGCGCUACUCAGCCGCCUUCUCACAGCCGCCCCGAGACCUUCCUCGUCGUGGCCGUUUGUGACGGAGCCUGCCCGUCGCAGGCGAGGAGGACGCGGCCCGUGCUUCCCGCACGCCCCGUCUGCGGACGGGCGCCGGGUUGGCGCUGAGCGCACUCACCAUGACGUGGCUGCGGAGGGAUGAGGCGGGACCCUUGCUUCCGCAAGAGCCCGAGGCCGCCUCCCCCGAAGGUCGGUCGGCGUUCAGGUCCGGGCUCAGACUACGGAAGAGUUUACGGGCGCACGGCGGCAGGGGGCCGUGGAGGAUGGAACGUUUCAAAUCUUUGGGGGGGUUCUUGAUGAUGCGAUUGCCGCAGGGGUCGUAGAAGCGCAUGGGGAAGGAUUUAUAUUUGACCUUGGGGCGCUCAAG